AGAAGACACAUCACCAAUCUGGCUACAGAAAGUCGCUCACAGUAUUGUGCCGCAGACCUUUAACGUUGGGAGAAAACUAGGAAUAAGUGAUGAGGACAUGGACAUCUUAAAGCUCGACCUAAAGGGACAUUCUGAGGAAAUAUCAUACCAAAUUUUAAGAAAGUGGUAUUCAGGUUUCAAGGGCUUCAAUCCCAAAGUCAUACUUCAUGAUGUCCUUGUCGAAUGCAGUUUAAGUGAAGUAGCAGAGCGACACUUAGGCCAGAAAACUAUAGGUAACAGUGGGCUCAAUUUGCAAAAUAGAAAAUGAUUUUUACAUUUUUAUAUCUUUUUACCAAGUACUUUAUUUUUAUUAUCCAUCUUCGAUUGAAACAAUUGGCUACUUCUGGAAACAGAAUAAAACAAAC